UAUGGCCCCGCCCCUCAGAUGCGAGUCGCUUGGGAAGUGAAGAUCAUGGCGGCCCCUGACAUCAAGAAGCUCAUGGCGUGCUUCAACAAUGAGGAGGCGGGGGGCGGGGCCACCUCCGUGCCCCAGCCUCCCCUCUCCGCGGGACCCAAACUCUCCGGUUCCUCCCCCUUCUUCCCUGGAAGGGGCGGGGCUUCUGCACGAGGGGGUGGUGUGGGGGUUGGCUUCACCGGAAGGGGCGGAGCCAGGUUUGGAGGGGUGGGCGGGGCUUCAUCCGAGGUGGGCGGGGCUACAGAUGGGGGAGGGGGCUCAGAAGUUGUCAGCGGGGCCAAGUUUGGAAGAGGCGGAGCAAAGUUUGGAGUAGGCGGGGCCUCUGAAGCGGUGGGCGGGGCCAAAAUGUGGGGUAUGGGCGGAGCUAAGCCAGAAGUGGGAGGGGCCAAAUCAGGUGUGGGGGAGACGCCGUACGAAGUGAGCGGCCCCUCGGAUGGGGCAGGAGGCAUGGGAAGGGGCGUGGCCAAAUUCGGAGGAGUGAGCGUGGCCAAAGUUUGGGGUGUUGGUGGAGCGAAGUUUGGAGUGGGCGUGCCAAUGGACGUUGCAGGCAGAGCCAAACCCGGGGGGAGCGGUGCCUCUAAUGAGGCAGAUGGAGGUGCCUCAUUUGGAGGAAGGGGCGGGGCCAAAUUUGAAGGAGUAGGCGGAGCUAAGAUUGUGACAGGCGGGGCUACGGAUGGAGUAGGUGGGGCCAAAGAGGGCGACAACGCGGCCUCCGCCUGCAGCAGCGGCGACGGCGUCGGGGGCGGGGUCAAAUUCGGAGGGGGUGGAGCCAAGUUUGGCGGCAACCGGGUGGGCGUGGCCUCGGAUGAUACGGGCGGAGCUAGGCCCGCAGUGGGAGGGGCCAGCGUUGGGGUGGGUGUCGGCAGGUUUGGCAGCGCGGUGAGCGGGGCAACAUCGGGGGUGGGCGGGACUACGCUGGGAGGGGGCGGGACUACGCUGGGAGGGGGCGGGGCUCCGCCGGCAGUGUCUCCACUGGCAGCAAAGCUGAGGGCUCAAAUCGCGAGUGUGAAGAGUGGAGGGAGGACCGGCGGGAAGGAGGAGGAGGGAGGGGAGAAGAGGUGGAAGAGGGGAGGAGCAGGGACCUCGGGAGGAACGCUCACACAGGAGGCCAAUGGAGGUCCCGCGGGAUUCUUGAGGGGGCCUGCACCCCCUCGCAAGGUGCUGCCAAAGCCGUUACUGCUUGGCCAGGCGCCAAAGAAACCGGCGCGACCUCCAAGUGUGGAGCUGAGCCGAUUCCGGGCUCAAGUGGCCACGCGAGGAGCAAUGGGAGCCACUCCCCCUUCUCUCCCGGCCACCAUGACACUCAUAACCAAGGCAACGGUCCCAACGGCGCAACUGGUGGAGGAGAACUAUGAUGACGUGGAGCUGCCUGGCCCCCCAACCUGGAUGAUGGGGCCAGCUCUGCCCGGCAGGGGCACCGCACCCCCUCUGCCCACACCGAGACCGGAGGUGCCUGCCAGUUCCACCAGAGGCAAAGCCCCGGCCGCCGAAGUCGAGGAGCAGCAGCAGGACGUGUAUGAAGACUUUUAUGAAGACUUAGAGGAGAAAAGUGAGGAGACGGUGCGUGAACGCACGGAGAGAGAGAAGAAGGAGGCCAAGGAGAGGGAACGGAGAGACACGGAGAUGAAGAAGAAAUACAAGGUUGGCAUCGACACGCCGGCGCUGCACGUGGCCGUGGCGAGCCGCGGCUCUGCCCCGUCCGGCCGCCUCGACCUGGGCGUGCGCCAGGGCGAGCGCCUCGCCGUGCUGCUGCUCACGGGCACCCCCGAGGGCACGUGGGUGGUGAGGAACGAGACGGGGAGCGUGGGGCUGGUGGAGACUUAUCUGCUGGAUCUUGAGAUGGACUCAAGCCAAGAUAUCUAUGAUGACGUGGCAGAGGAGACGAAAGCAAAUGCUUCCGGUGAUCAGUUUCCAUCCGCCGACGAUGACGAGACAGAAUCAGGCAGCAGUGGUGGAAAGGGGAAGACCUGGAACAUCUUCAAAGGCAUCAACCUGAGACGUGAUAAGAAGAGAAGCGUAAAGAAGCAGGACGAGGAAGAUCAAGACGUCCCUCCAGAAGACGAUGAGGUGUAUGAUGACGUGGAGUCUCAGGAUUUGCGUCUCUCAGUCAGGAAGGAAGACAAGAAGGCAGAAGAGAAGAUGAGAAAAAUAAGAGAGCGGGAAGAGAGGGAGGCCCGGAAAAAGUUUAAGCUUUCUGGUGACCUCCCCACACUCUCUGUGGUCUCGCUGCUCCGUGACCUCCGACCCUUGGGGCGCCUUGACCUCUCGGGGUCAAAGGGCGACACCUUUGACCUCGUACAAAACACGGAUGAGAUGCGGGCACUGUGCCGCAACCGCCUGGGAAAAUAUGGGUAUAUUCCCAGAGAGCACUUAUCUCAACCGGACCAAGAGGACUCUGACAUCUACGACAAUUUGGAUGAAGAUCCUUGAUCUUUGCUUUGAUGUCAUCGAGGUCCAUCAUGGACAGCUUCUCUAAUGAUCGUGUCACUGGAUCCUCACCACUGCUCUCUGACUGAUGUGUGGGACUGGGCAACUUCUCGGUCGACUCAAUCAAACCGAGAAGCUACUAUACAUGACAUACAUUCUAUAUACACACUCCGAUGCUUGUACGAGGCUAGGUGCGGACACACAAACAUAUCAUCAGGCAUUGUCAGUCCACUGCUGGAUGAAGGGCUCCCCAAUCCAGUGCCAUUUGCCACUGCCUGGUAAUGCAACGACCCAUCUAGCUCCUAGUAUACAUGUCAAUUUAAAAUGCUCCAUCUCCAAGAUAGGUGUUCCUCCUUUGGCUGCAUUUCUUUACCAGUCUCGACCACAGGACAUCUUCCCUUCUGGCCGUGACGAAUCCUGCCCAAGCCCAUUUGCUUCUCAUGACAGUUGACGUGAUGUCUCGAACCUUUGGCGUUUUCUCUAAUCCACGUGUUCCUCUCUCCUUUUUCUCAGUGUAAUUCUGAGGAGGCACACCUCUCCAUACGUCUGUGCACUCUUCAGUUUUUGUUCCAUUUUCUAUACCAGUGUCCAUGUUUUUGAUCCAUGCGUCAUAGUGGGUAAUGUGUAACAAUUGAAAUCCAUCUUCUCUCGGCAUUGCCUCGUUGUGUGGGAGAGACAGGGGCAGGGUGCAUUCACCCAGCUCUUGGAGAUGUCCCGGAACCAAGGAUGACCCCUCCAUGUGAACCCAGCCAUUCAUUAACACUUCUCGCCUUUCUGACGAUUAUGAAUGUGACAUCGCUGUGAAACUAACUUUGACAAUCUAAUUUAUCCAAAUGUUUUAUGGAAUUUACUGUGAACUCUGUAGUAAAUUCUUUACUAAUAAUUGCGUCAGUGUCUUUAAGCCGCGUAAUAUUGUUUCAUUUUUAUUUUAAGGUUGGACUAUGUACUCUUAAUUUAGGUUUCAUGAGUUUGCGUUUGAGUGUAUGGUUAAGUUUGAGGUUUAGUGGUUGAAGUUUAGUGGUUUGUGGUUAUGGGUAAGGUGUUGUGUUUAGUGUUAAGGUUGGAGCGUUUUAGAGUUAGCACUUAAGGUUAGGGAUGGGUUGGGUUAGAGGGUUAGGGUUUAAGAUUAUGGGUAUUGGUUAUAAAUAUUUCUGGUUGUGAUCUGUGGAAGGGGAUGAAACCUGCUACACACUCACCAAUCCAUCUACUCAUUUACAGUGAGGGAAAAAAGUAUUUGAUCCUCUGCUGAUUUUGUACGUUUGCCCACUGACAAAGAAAUGAUCAGUCUAUAAUUUUAAUGGUAGGUUUAUUUGAACAGUGAGAGACAGAAUAACAACAAAAAAUCCAUAAAAACGCAUGUAAAAAUUUUAUAAAUUGAUUUGCAUUUUAAUGAGGGAAAUAAGUAUUUGACCCCCUCUCAAUCAGAAAGAUUUCUGGCUCCCAGGUGUCUUUUAUACAGGUAACGAGCUGAGAUUAG